CAUGGCGAGGAAACAACGUGGGAGAACGGCUUCGUCUUCAAAGACUGAGAAACAGACGGAUAGUUUCAGUUUAAUGCUUGAGUCCAGCGACGAUGAGGCGCCCGAAGAGAUGACCUUCGAGGACUCGAAGACUGAGGCUCUACGGAGCAUGAAGCAGGCGCUGGACACAGCCCGGAGGGAGAAAGAGCUGCUGAAGGAGAAGAGGAGGAAGAGACAGCAGCUGUUCCAGGAACAGAAGAAAAGAAAACUGUUACCGGCUGAGGUGUUGGAGGAAAUCGACUCUGCCCUUUCAAAGAAGCAGCAACAGUCUGAGGGUGAAGCAGCUGACGAGGAGGAGGAGGGAAGGAAUAAGAGGAAGAGGCGGAGUGAGAAACCAGGACAUGGCCGGGAAGUGAGUGGAAACUGCACGGUGACGACGGUGAAGGAGCGAGUGUCGGCGUCCUCUCAGCAGCAGGCGGCCGAGGAUUUCCUCCGGUCCAGACUCUACGGACCGGGAACCUGCAGGACCACGAGUAACGAGCUGCUGUCCCUCCAAAACAAGACGGGGAGGAACAAGAGUGCAGCCGUGCAGUUUGUGAAGAAGGACUGGGCCUGUGCAGAAAAGGCCAAAGCAGAGAAGCUGAAGAAGCGGUGGAUCCACGAGCAGCAGAUUCCCUCUCUGCUGAGCCCGUCGUCUCCAAAAAACCUAGACUCCGGUCCAGCAGACUCGCUCUGCACACUGACUUUAUAAACGGAAACACCAAACCUGAACGAUGCAACGGGACAACUUAUAUCGACUGACUGAGGACGCAGCAGCAGUCCGAACCCUUCAGCUCAUCACCAAGACACAAACAGCAGAUCUGACUCGCUAACAAACCUCAACGGUUUAAAUAAAAAUACUUUAAGUGUUUGGUUUAUGAUCCGGAUGUUUCCUCAUCUGCUUUCUUUAAAGAGCAGAACGUGUGAAGAUGCAGCUGUUCAGUGUCGAAGGUUGGAUUUUUUUUUCUAUCUGCAACCUUAAACUCAAGUUAUUUGAGAUUUAAGAAUGAGAUGCUGUUUAAUAAAAACUGAAUAUGUUCGUUUCUAUAUUUAACACUCAGAAAAAGCUAUUGAGUCAAACAUUCAUUUACUUUAUUAAUCUAUAAAUCAAUCAACACAAAUUAACUUGAUUAUUUUCUAGCAGAAAAGUCAAACACUGGUUGUGGAGAUUUGCUGCUUUCGUCUUGAGUCAUUGAAGUUUUGUCUAAAGACACUUUGGGACGUGGUUAAGUUGCUUUUGUCUAUUUUGUAACGUUGCAAGAAAAUCAAUUUCAGCAGUUUGUUUUCACACAUCUGGAUGAUUAUUUUAGUACUAAAUAGAAAAUCCACUCAACAUUUGAACUAAAGCGGAGGAGGCAAAACUGUUCUCACAAUCGAGAACAGAUUUGUGCUCCAGAAGUUGUGACCCCUCAGAGGUGCCCAGAGCCCCAGCUUUAGAACCACCGCUUAUAUUUUAAAUUUCAAUGUUUUUGGUUUUUGGAC